AAUAAAUAAAUAAAUGUUGCCUUAGUAUAAUCCAGUCUAGUCUGUUAUCUAGCCUUAGUAUUAUUGUUUCAAUAGGCAGACUAGUAUAAGGCCUGUCCGGCGGUGAGUGAUAACCUCUCACGGAUAUCCAGCAAUGCCACGGGAAUAGGCAAGUCGCUGCCUACCUAUAUAAUUUCAUAUUUUAAUCAUUUCUAGGUUAUCGUCGACUUCUAGUUUGGGCAAAAAAUACUGUCACUGCUUUCCACUGAGGAUUGGUUGCUUCAUCCUUGGUUACCUGACCAUGUUCACCAAUGUCUGCAAUACCGGGCUGUUGUUUACUCUGACCACUUACAUUGGAGCUGAUACCAGUACCUUACCCGCCCUGCAGUCCUCGGAGACGCCCCUCAUCAGUGGGAUCGAAGUCGUGCUUCUGAUGACAGUAAUAAAUGCUGCAUGGUUGCUUGUCAAUAUCGCUUGUGUGAUCGGACUACACAGGAGGCGUCCUGGUAACAUCAAGUUCUACGUCCUCUUCGCAGCCUGCCGCCUCGUCCUGGUCUUUGCUGGGUUAGUGUACCUGACAAUAACCGUCAGGAGUCCAGCUUUAAUGUUACACCGCUUGGACAUUGUUGUAGCAUCUUUCUUCAUCAUGGUGUACAAUACCUACGCCAGACAGCUGGAGAAUGAGCCGCAGCAAAUUCAAGCCCGACCUGAAAACCAGAUCAGGGACGUGUCAUUCAUCGAUCCUCGCACAAUGGACGACAACAAACACAUUCUGGCUUAAUUUACUAUUUUUAAGGCCACUGUAACAAAAAAAAGUGUUUUUCUAUUACUAUUAUUAAAAUACUAAAUAAAGUACAAAAGUAAGACGGAGUAAGUAUAUUACUUUAAUUAAUUUAAUUAAUCACUGGUGGUAGGACCUCUUUGGAGUCCGCACGGGUAGGUACCAACACCCCGCCUAUUUCCGCCGUGAAGCA